GCACGUUAAGCGGCAUCAGUGCGCACAACACGUUGCAGUGUUAAGUGAUCGACUCUCCCUUGGUUUGAGCCGUUUGACCCGAUUGACCCGAUUGACCCUUUUGGACCGUUCAUUGGCCAUAGUUGGCUAGCUGCAUGGACUGACUGACUGACUGGCUGAUUGAUGAGCCGUCAUUCUCCAUGCUCUCAGGGAACCGCAUUUUGCCGCUCCACGUCUGUCAAUCCAUCCUCCCUCCUCCCUCCAUUCUUUUGAGCCAUUCUUCCCUCCUUAGUCGUCAGUGGAUCGAACUUGGCGUCCUAACAUCCGGACCGCCCACAGGAUCAUCAUGAUCAAUGACACCACCUGGUUGAGCGGGGCACCCUUUUGGGUGGGCCUGGGACUGGGCGUGAGUGUGAGCCUGGUGCUGUGGCGUGUCACGGCGGAUCGACGAGGCCACGCUCACCCGCAGCUCCAAGUGGAUCACGACGAUGACGACGACGAAUGGGAAAGUCAAUCGGAAGAUGAGGAAGCAGAAGAACAUGACGAACUUGGCGACGACGAGGAGGAGGAGGAGGAGGUAGAGGGAGGAGCACCCUUGGGCUCAGCCCGAGGCCCCAUGAAGAUGACCCUGGUGGUCCGGAAUGACUUAAAAAUGGGCAAGGGCAAGGCUGCGGCACAAUGCGCCCAUGCUGCCGUGGCCGCUUAUAAGAUGGCCAAGCAUCGUUGGCCGGCAAUACUCCGGCGUUGGGAACGCCAUGGCCAGCCCAAAGUGGUGCUCAAGGUGGACACCCAACUCGAAUUGGAGACUGUACAAGCGGCGGCUCGCUCUCUCGGACUCGUAAACGCUAUCAUCACCGACGCAGGGCGAACGCAAAUCGACCCCGGUUCCCGCACCGUCGUGGCCGUCGGACCUGGACCUGAUAGUCUGGUCGAUCGAGUCACGGGACAUUUGAAACUUUAUUAAGCCUCCAAAAAUCCCAAGCGUUACAAUUCGGGGUGCGUCCGGGGCGGGUGAAUAUCGUUGAUGCCGCAAAGGUGCGAGCGCUCUUGGCACAAGAUUUGAAUGGCGUGCCAUAGCUCAACCUGAGGUUGGGCCAUGACAUCUUGGAAAUGCUCUUCUUCCUCCUCCAAGACGCUUUCACACUGAAAAGACCGGGAAAAUGUCAUUUGUGUUGUUGGAAUCUCUUGACCUUUUGCCUUGUCUUUAUGGUCAGUCCACCCUGCAGACUGUCCAAUGGGUCUCACGUAAAACUUGAGCCGAGUAUUCAGAUCCUCGUCCGGCACGAUGUCGACCCCCGCCCCGAAAUGCGGGUUCAUGCCUCCAUCGCGAUGGGUAAUCCUGAUCAGCGUGGGUCGGCCCGUGCCCUUGGUUUGGGCUUGCGCGUAAUCCUCGAAUUGCUCACACAAUGUUUCCAUGAUUUCAGCUAGAUGACCCUCCGAUCUCAGAUAGGGAACCUAGCAAACAUGUGAUAUGAUUAUCUAUCUCUUUUGGUCUACACUACCCGUCGGCUACGAACCACUUUUCGGUCGGUGGUUCCAUCCGAACCCAAUCGAAAUCCGCCCACCUCCACCUUCUUCUGCGGAUCCAUUUGGCCAAUGGCCACCAUGAAUUCUUCCACCAUAGCUUGGCAAACCAGACACUUUAACGACUUGGACGAGAACGGCUGGGUCGUCGGAGGAGCCUUCUGGCUGAUAACUGUUGAUAUGAGAACGUAUAGUAUCAAGGCUAGUCCUAAUAUAUGACGCAGAUGGUUCAUUUUCAAAAAUAAACUUAAAUCCGAUGUU